UACGGCCCAACGGUCGGGCGCCUCCACAUGGCAGUUCCUGAGCUCCUGGCACCUGGCGCCUGCAGGGACCACCUAGCCAGGUGGCAUACUCUCAGCACUCUGGUCCCCUUUUGUCGCUAUGCGCCUGCUAACUGUUGACUGGGCCUUACUCCUAUCUUUUAUCCCUAUCUCCUAAAGUGGGCUUGGGCCUGAGCACCUUGGAUGGGUCAAUGUAUCCCAAUAUCUCAACUAUGCACACUCCCAACAGUUAUAUUCCUUAUUGAAUGCGAUAUGUAUGCAUGCAGGGACAUGCUGUCACCAUGCUAUUGCUAUUGGCCUUGAAGCUGCUUAUAACAUAGCCACAAAGAAUGAUGAGAAUCCAAUUCUGCUAUCUGUUCAAGAGCUGAUUGAGAACGUUAGGCCAGACAAAGAAUCGGAAGGUAUAUCAGGCCUGAAGAAGGUUGUCCGAUUCAUUGACGACGAUGGGCUGAGCGAGGCACACGAGUAUCGCCCUUACAAAUCACUGCUUUUUGAGCCCCAAAAGAAGAAGAAUCCAACAAAGGCCAUAUGUUGCCAAAACUUCAGAGAAUGCAAUCAAGUGGACGAGGUGACGAUAUUACAAGAAGUGGUACAAAGACCAGUAGUCGCCAUUCUGGAUGCCACCCCUACACUUCAGAUGUGGAACAAAACUUUUAUGGAGUCGGAAGGUGAAGAGGUUUUUAGAGGUGUUAAUCCACAGCCAGCUGAGGAGGCCAACCUCCACGCCGUCUUGAUAGUUGGUUAUGGCACUACAGUCAAAAGAAUCAAUUAUUGGAUUGUUCGAAAUUCUUGGGGAGAAGGCUGGGGAGAGAAUGGAUAUGGACAGAUUGCCAGAGCUUCAAGUCGUGAAGGAGGAGAGUCCUUAUUCUACAGUUACGCAAUCAUUGAGUUAAAUAGGUAUCCUUGAGACUUAAAACUUACCCAUAUGUUUGGUUUAGAUAUAUUCAUGCAAGCAUUUAUACCAUGCAUGUGAUUUGUAUUGCAGGCAGAGAAAAGGGAGAAGAAGUCGAAGUAGUAAUGUUCAGAAUCAUGAGUCAGAGCUUUUGCUCAGUUUUGGAUGUUUGCAAGGUUAUUAGUCAAGGUUAAACUAGAGUAGAGAAAACGUAUAGGUGGAGCUAUCUUCCUGUUAAGCCAAAAUGAAGAUACCCAUCACAUAUGAUUAGCCAAGUAAAUUUUGCUUUAGGUCGCGGCUGAUACCAUUAACAAGACUAUACUCCAUGAGCUUGAAUUUGACUGGGUUGAUGAUGGAUGAUAUGGAUAACCGUUAAGUACUUUUUGCCUCUUGUUGUGGUAUUUUGGGAUGAGAUUGUAGAGUUAUUUUAGAAAGCAAUCGAGACUUCGAAUCCGCUCUAUCAUGUCGUAGAUGAUACCGUCGCGUGGCUGAAGUCACUAUCGAGAAUGGAUUUUUUCUGAUUAAACAAUUCGAGUAGCA